AUGAAGGACAUUUCCUCCAUAUUAGCCUGCGGAAAUUUCUACCAUGAUGAAUUUCAAAAAUACAGGAGGAAGAAGGUGAUCUGCCUCUCCUUAUCCACACUAACGUUUCCUGUAAGCAAGAACCAGGAAGAACCUCUUGUAGCUGACCCCCACUCUGUCAUAAACAAAGCAGUAUUGAAACCAGAAUUAAAACUACGAUGUAUCCAAGUGCAGAAAGUGAGGUAUGUUUGGGACAACGUGGAGAAGAGGUUUCAGAAAGUUGGGUUGCUGGAAGACAGCCACUCUUGCUACGACAUCCAUCACACGUUCGGGCUGGGUCUGACCAGUGAAGAGCAGCAGAUCAGAAGAUUAGUGUGCGGGCCCAAUGCCAUUGAGGUUGAAAUCCAACCCAUAUGGAAGCUGCUUGUUAAACAGGUUUUAAAUCCAUUCUAUGUGUUCCAAGCCUUUACCCUAACUUUGUGGCUGACUCAAGGUUACAUAGAAUAUUCUGUGGCCAUCAUCAUCUUGUCUGUUAUCUCCAUUGUCUUAAGUGUGUAUGAUUUACGACAGCAAUCUGUGAAGCUGCACAAUCUUGUGGAGGAUCACAACAAAGUCCAGGUUACAGUCAUCCUAAGAGGCAAAGGUUUGCAGGAGCUGGAGUCCCGUCUCUUGGUUCCUGGAGAUAUCCUCAUUCUUCCAGGCAAAUUUUCAUUGCCGUGCGAUGCUGUGCUGAUUGACGGUAGCUGUGUGGUCAACGAAGGCAUGCUCACAGGAGAAAGUAUACCUGUUACAAAGACACCAUUGCCCCAUACGGAGAACACCAUGCCCUGGAAAUCCCACAGUUUGGAGGACUAUCGGAAACAUGUCCUUUUCUGUGGAACAGAAGUGAUCCAGGUCAAGCCCUCUGGACAGGGUCCAGUAAGAGCAGUGGUUUUGCAAACAGGUUUCAAUACAGCCAAAGGGGACUUGGUGAGAUCCAUCCUCUACCCCCGGCCUCUGAACUUCAAACUAUACAGUGAUGCCUUCAAGUUCAUAGUGUUCCUGGCCUGCCUCGGAGUUGUGGGUUUUUUCUAUGGCCUUGGUGUAUAUAUGUACCAUGGAGUUCCUCCAAGAGAUACCGCCACCAUGGCCCUGCUGCUCCUCACCGUGACUGUCCCUCCUGUGCUGCCAGCUGCCCUGACCACAGGCAUCGUGUACGCACAGAAGAGGCUGAUGAAAAAGAAAAUCUUCUGCAUCUCCCCACAGAGAAUCAAUAUGUGCGGGCAAAUAAACCUCGUGUGCUUUGACAAAACUGGCACUCUUACAGAAGAUGGGCUGGACCUCUGGGGGACUGUCCCUACUGCUGACAACUGUUUCCAGGAAGUCCACAGCUUUGCCUCAGGCAGGGCUUUGCCAUGGGGCCCACUGUGUGCUGCCAUGACCAGCUGCCACUCUCUGGUACUUCUAGAUGGGACCAUCCAGGGAGACCCUCUGGACCUCAAAAUGUUUGAGGGCACCGCCUGGAUAAUGGAAGAUCGCAAUGCAGACUUCUCCAAAUUUGGGAUGUCAGACUCAAACAUAAUAAUAAAACCAGGACCAAAAGCCAGUCAGAGUCCCGUGCAAGCCAUCACUAUCUUACGCCAGUUUCCAUUUUCCUCGAGCCUGCAAAGGAUGUCUGUCAUCGCUCAGCUGGCAGGGGAGGAUCACUUCCAUGUCUACAUGAAGGGUGCCCCAGAGAUGUUGGCCAAGUUCUGCAGAUCCGAAACAGUGCCCAAUAAUUUCCCACAGGAGCUGAAGAAUUACACAGUGCAAGGCUUCCGUGUCAUUGCCCUUGCCCAUAACAAGUUGAGGAUAGGGAAUAUUUCAGAAGUGGCGAGUUUAUCCAGAGAGACGGUAGAGUCAGAGUUAACCUUUCUGGGACUUCUCAUAAUGGAGAAUCGCUUGAAAAAGGAAACCAAACCAGUGUUGAAGGAACUGACUGAGGCCCGCAUCAGGACUGUGAUGAUUACCGGUGACAACCUGCAAACAGCCAUUACUGUUGCAAAGAAUUCUGAAAUGAUUCCUCGAGGGAGCCAAGUGAUCGUUGUCGAAGCCAGCGAACCAGAAGAGUUUGUCCCUGCCUCUGUGACCUGGCAGUUGGUAGAGAACCAAAAGAAUGGACCUGGGAAGAAUGAAACCUGCGUUAACAUUGGAAACAGUUCAGUGCCUGCUGGAGAGAAAGGGUGCUGUUAUCAUUUCGCAAUGAGUGGGAAAUCAUACCAAGUGCUACUUCAGCAUUUCAACAGCUUGCUUCCAAAAGUUCUGGUGAAUGGAACCAUUUUUGCAAGAAUGUCUCCUGGGCAGAAAUCAAGCCUUGUUGAAGAAUUUCAGAAAUUAAAUUAUUAUGUGGGCAUGUGUGGAGAUGGAGCAAAUGACUGUGGGGCUUUGAAAAUGGCUCAUGCAGGCAUUUCCCUAUCAGAGCAGGAGGCAUCCGUGGCAUCCCCUUUCACCUCAAAAACAGCCAACAUCGAGUGUGUGCCUCAUCUCAUCAAGGAAGGCCGAGCUGCUCUGGUUUCAUCCUUUGGGGUAUUUAAAUACUUGACCAUGUAUGGCAUGAUCCAGUUUAUUAGUACAUCAUUGCUCUAUUGGCAACUACAACUCUUUGGAAAUUACCAGUAUCUCAUGCAAGAUGUAGCCAUUACCUUGAUGGUCUGUUUAACAAUGAGUUCAACUCAUGCGUACCCAAAGCUGGCUCCAUACCGCCCGGCAGGACAGCUGCUGUCUCCUCCUCUACUGCUCUCAAUCUUUUUGAAUUCCUGUUUCACCCUCAUUGUACAGAUCUGUGCAUUUCUCUAUGUGAAGCAGCAGCCAUGGUACUGUGAGGUCUACAGAUACAGUGAGUGCUUCCUGCACAACCAAAGUAAUUUCUCAGCAAAUGUGAGUUUGGAAAGAAACUGGACUGGAAAUGCAACUCUGACCCCUGCUUCAAUUUUAAGUUUUGAGAGUACCACUCUGUGGCCCAUCGCCACCAUCAACUGUAUCACAGUAGCAUUUAUCUUUUCUAAGGGAAAGCCAUUUCGAAAACCCAUCUACACAAACUAUAUAUUCUCACUUCUGCUGAUAUCUGCCUUGGCCCUCACAGUUUUCAUUCUGUUUUCUGAUUUUCAAGAUAUAUACCAUGGGAUGGAGUUCCUUCCCACCAUAACAUCAUGGAGGGUUUCGAUUUUGGGGGCAAGCCUCACCCAAUUCUGCGUGGCCUUCUUUGUGGAGGAUGCCAUCCUUCAAAAUCGAGAGCUCUGGCUAUUGAUCAAAAAAGAAUUUGGAUUCUAUUCUAAAAGUCAAUAUAGGACCUGGCAAAAAAAGCUGUCAGAAGACUCAACCUGGCCUCCCACUAACAGGACAGAUUAUUCGGGUGAUGGCAAAAGUGGAUUCUACAUCAACCGAGGCUAUGAAAUCUCUGAACAGCUUCCAAAAGAAAAACUCGAACAGGGGGGCCAAGCCACAGAACAGCAUUUUUGGACCAUGCUGUAAUCAGAAUUGUUGUUGUACAUGCUUAACAACAUCCACCCACCCCCCUUUUAUUCCCGCAGAAACUAAAGCACUAUAGAGAGGUGAUGAUAAUCUGACCUUAUCUUUUCUCUUUCCAUCUGAGGACUCAACGCACGUUUCUCAGUGUAUUGGAUCUUAAAUAUGCUUAUUUUGACUGUAUUCUCUACCAUUGAGAAAAUAAAUACAUUGCUUGGA